ACCGGAUUGGAUCCUUACGUAGUGCUGGGAUUGGGAUCGAAGGCCACCGAGGAUCAGAUAAAGAAGGCUUACAGAGACAUGGCGAAGAAGUAUCAUCCUGAUAAAAAUAAAUCAAAAGGGGCAGAGGAAAAGUUUAAAGAAAUAGGAGCAGCGUAUGACAUAUUGAAAGAUCCAAUCAAAAAAAAGGCUCACGAC